GUCUUCCUUCAUAGAUAUAUCAGGUACAUGGAAGUAGGAAACCAAACAGGAAUUUUAGAGUUCAUCCUCCUUGGGUUCUCUGAAGAUCCAGAACUGCAGCCCUUCAUAUCUGGGCUGUUCCUGUCCAUGUUCCUGAUCACUGUGCUUGGGAACCUGCUCAUCAUCCUGGCCAUCUGCUCUGACCCCCACCUCCACACACCCAUGUACUUCUUCCUCUCCAACUUGUCCUUGGUCGACAUCAGUUUCAGCUCCACCAUCGUGCCCAGGAUGCUGGUGAGCAUCCACACAGAGAACAAAGCCAUCUCUUAUAUGGACUGCCUCACUCAGGUCUAUUUUUCCAUGUUUUUUCCUAUCCUGGACACUCUCCUCCUGACCGUGAUGGCCUAUGACCGGUUUGUGGCCAUCUGCCACCCCCUGCACUACAUGGUCAUCAUGAACCCACCCCUCUGUGGCCUGCUGGUUUUUGUUACCUGGUUUAUUGGUGUCAUGACCUCCCUUCUUCAUAUCUUUCUGAUGAUGCAUCUGAGAUUCUGUGGAGAUCUCAAAAUUCCACAUUUCUUCUGUGAACUGACACAGAUUCUCAAGUUGGCCUGCUCUGACACCUUCCUGAACCGCACAUUGAUAUACUUUAUGACUGGUGUGCUAGGUGUUUUUCCCCUUGUCGGGAUCCUUUUCUCCUACUCACGAAUUGCUUCAUCCAUAAGGAAGAUGUCUUCAGCUGGGGGAAGGCAAAAAGCAUUUUCCACCUGUGGCUCUCACCUCUCAGUGGUUUCUUUAUUUUAUGGGACAGGUGUUGGAGUUUACUUCACUUCUGCAGUGACUCACUCCCCCAAGAAAGUCUCAGUGGCCUCGGUGAUGUACACCGUGGUCACUCCUAUGUUGAACCCCUUCAUCUACAGCCUGAGGAACAAGGAUGUGAAGGGGGCACUGGGAAGGCUUUUCAGUAGAGUGGCUUCUUGUCUGUGA